UCGGGUGCCUGGAAAUUCUUGUCCUGCCCUUUUGGACUGCAGAAUAAAUUCUGCGGAGAAGCUGCUGAGCUCUCGCAGUUGCAGAAGUGAUUCACCCAGGAAAGAAGCCUAGAUCCAGCUGAACCUGUCGAGUCCUUCCUUCCUGUGUUUUCUGCAUUCACCCACCAUGGCGAUCCUGCACGCCCUUCUCAUCAUCCUUGUGGGCUCACUGGGGACUCUGGCUUUGCAAGACCUUGAAAGGAAGAUCUUGAUUUUCCCAGAAGCAACCAACACAGCUCAUGUUGUUUUGAGGGCUACGAGUCAGCAGUCUUUGACCAGCUUCACUGUGUGCCUCAAAUCCUACACAGACCUGAGCCGUGCCUACAGCCUUUUCUCUUACGCCACCAGAAAGUCUGACAACGAGUUCCUUAUCUUCAAACCCAAACCCAACCAAUACAACUUGUAUGUGGGGGGAUCCAUCGUGACCUACAGUGUAGCAGACAAUCGAGUCCCCAAACCACAGUGGGAGCAUAUUUGCAUGAGUUGGGAGUCUGCCACAGGAAUAGUGCAGUUUUGGUUGAAUGGGGAAAGCUUGCCCCGCAAGGGUAUGAAGAAAGGUUAUACUAUUGGUUCUGAAGCUUCAAUCAUACUCGGGCAGGAGCAGGAUUCCUUUGGAGGUGGCUUUGACAUCAACCAAUCCUUUGUAGGCGAGAUUGCAGACCUGUAUUUGUGGGGUCGAGUGCUUUCACCGGAAGAACUGGUCCUCGUUGGCAACGGUGGUCACCUUUCUGACUACUUGAUCGAUUGGCGAUCCCUUAAUUACGAAAUCAAAGGCUAUGUGGUGGUUAAGCCCUCCCUGUUUCACUCCUACAGAACCCCCAUGUAACUCUGCAAAACACAGAGAACAAGGUGGGGGGAGGGGAGGAUCAUAAUUACCAUAACUAAUGUUUCUGCAUGGUAAUGAGACGGCAUUUCUAAGGCUAUUUUCCUGGGAGUUAAGUCCCGCAGAAUACCACAGGACUUACUUCUGAGUUGACCCGCUGUGGCUUGCUCUUUUAGUCCUCGAUCUGUUUGUUCAAACACAUAAACCUGUCUUCUUCAAUAAAAUAUUUCAUGUUC